GUACCUGUGCACUACUUGCAGUAAGAUGUGACAUCGGUAGUUUUGUCCAGGAUUUUACGCUAUAUGUUUUACUGACUUAUUCAUUAAAGGAACACAGUUAGCUGUUAACAUCAUAGAAAGUAGGACGUACAGACUCACAUUGGUAUAAUAUUUUACCACUUAGAUCUGCCUGACUACACAGUUGACCAGAAGCGUUGUUCUAGAAAUCAAAAUGGAGGCCACAGCUAAACACGAUUUCAAAGCGACAGCAGAGGAUGAGCUCACAUUUAAAAAGGGAAACUUGCUUAAGAUCUUAAGCAUUGAAGAAGAUCAUAACUGGUACAAAGCAGAGAUAGAUGGAAAGGAAGGCUAUAUUCCCAGCAAUUACAUUGAUAUGAAAGAACAUAAUUGGUAUGUAGGAAAAAUGCCGCGUGUUGAAGCUGAAAAGAUGUUACUCCGUAAAGAUCAAGGAUUUGAACAAGUGGAUGGUGCUUUUCUUAUAAGGCUCAGUGAAAGCUCACCAGGAGAAUUCUCAUUAUCAGUCAAGUGGGGAGAUGGUGUGCAGCAUUUCAAAGUAUUGCGAGACGGCUGUGGCAAAUAUUUUCUGUGGAUUCAAAAACAUGAUUCCCUGAAUGAGCUGGUAAAAUUCCACAGGACAACAACUGUCAGUAGAUCAAGUACCAUUUAUCUCAAAGACAUGAUACAUAUAGGUAGAAAUAAAGAAAGGGAUGCGUCUAAGUCUGCAAACGAAGAAGAGUUAGUCGAAGCUCUGUAUGACUUCACUCCUGAGGAGCCAGAGGAGUUAAAAUUUUCUAAAGGGGACAUCAUCAAAGUGCAUUCUAAAGUGGAUUGCAACUGGUGGAAAGGAGAAUGUAAUGGACAAUCUGGACUCUUUCCUGCAACUUAUGUGAAUGCCUUAAAGAAACAAGCUAACAGACAUUAAGAAAUAUAACCAAGCUGUACUUUUGUAGGGACUGGGCAAUAUAAGGAACUGCUUGUGUUGCCAGUUCUUAGAACAAAUAAAUGUGUUUAAAAGACCUAAGUUUAAGGCAUUAAGUGCAGUUUCCCAUUGUAUUUAAUUUCAUGUAAUUUUUCAAUUUUAGUACAACUGGGGAAUGAUACCCUAUUGAUUUGAGGAAGAAGUAAGUUCCUUACAGUGCUCAUUUUCCCUGUUAUUCAGUCUUAUGUUAGACAUGAACUUAAAAAAUAGAAGUACAAACUUUAAUAGAAAAAAGUUUUAAAAAUUACUGCGGAUUAAAACUGUUCCUACUUGCCCAUCUAGUGUAUUUCAAAUCUGGUAAGAGAUUAAACAAGCUUAUUGCCGAUUCAUUUUUAUACCAGUUGAUGAGGUCUAUAUUUUGUAGUGAACUACUCGACAAAUAGCAAAGAAAUUUUGUUUUGCAUUGCCCUUUCCUCUAUGGUGAAUAUUUUGUUAACCCAUGAUUUGAAAUACAUAGUUUGGUUACGUUAGUAGUUGAUCAAUUUAUAAAAAGGAAGUGGAUCUUCCAUUGAUUACUUUUUUUUUUUUCUUACAAUUAUUAUUAUUAUUUUUUUUUUAUUUAUUUUUUGCUACAACGGCUCAUCUUUAAACCUGCUGAAGAAAAGUAAUUUGAAUUGUAAGACAGUACUUCUGACAGCCUCAAAGAAUCUUUUUCUUCUUUGGGCAAAAUCUAACAUUUUGAUGUGAAGGGGGAGGUAGAGAGGUAGAGCCACAAGAUUUGUAAAAUUGCAUCACAGAAUGGAAAAUGCUUUGUCAGUUAUGAUAAAUCGGAUUACCAUGAAGUGUGUCAGAAUUUAUUUCAGCAUUAUUUAUUAUUUCAUUAUUUAUAUUCAUGGUGUGGGAUUUUAGAAGUGGCUUUGUAAGUUCACAUUUCGGAUCAAUUUUUUCUCCAGAAAAUGUGUAUAGAAAAAAAAACUAGACAGUGCUUGUACUUACAAGAGCCUUAUGGUUAAAUGAAAGAAUAGAUUGUCUUUGUAAUAUGUGCUUUCAGAGCGAAGUACCAAUUUUGCAGGCAUUUUAUUUUGGUAAAAUAUUAUAGAUUAGCAGAUGAAAUGUAUUAAUUGCUUUAUACACGUUUGCAGACUAUUGGUGAUGAUCUGCAUUAACUUACUAAUAUAUUACAAUAUUUAUAUAUAGAAUUUUUGUAGCUUUUAUCUGCUUUAAACAAGAUUUCCCUCUACUGUUGUAAAAUAGGUAUUGCUCCAUUUAUGUUGUGAAUACCAAGUUGGUAGUAUUAUGUUCUCAAAUGAAAUGAGGUGAGGCCAUGGAGUUCAUUGGUUCUGUAGAGGGUCAUAGGAAGAGAAGAUCUGGGUGUUGGCUUUUGUUAUUGGGGAGGUACUGGUCUUCAAUUUACACAGUGUUUAGUACUGCAUCAGAGAUAAUCCCAGGGCACAUUUUCAUGUGAGAAGCUUGUUCUCACUUAGCAUAGACAAUGCCUUGGAGCUAUUGAAUGUAGUGUAUGUUGCUUAGGUGGGCCUUUCCUCUCCCCUUGACAAAUCAGGACAAUUCACAGAUUUAUUUGACCUGUACUUGUAUACAAUUAAGCUUAAUGAUCACAUUGCAUGGCAUUCUACACUAGUAAAUCUUAAUCAAAAAAUAUCAAUUAAGCUGCUUUGUUUGAUUUGGUACAGCCCCCUUUACACUAGACAGCAUCUUUUGUGCCUAUCUUCUACAAUAAAAAGUGUGACCAUGACACUCAAUGGUCGCCAAAGUGUAAAUAUUUCUGCGUCUCUUGUGCGCCCUCUGUGCAACCUACAGUGUUCAUUGCGAUUUGAGCAUCCUCAUUGCAUUCUCUGUACCUUCGUCGGUGGUUAGUGGAGACAAUUCUAUAAUCUUUCUGCCUCCUGCUAGAUUGUUUUGAAUAUGCUCAAAACUUUGUGUUGACCAGUGUUCUCAGUGAUGCUUAAACAUUCUACAUCUGAUCACCGUGCAUUUCUUGAGCGUCCAACAGCGACCUUGCAAGUUUCAUGAUCGCACAAAGGAUGCAGAAAGGAGGUUGUCUAGUGUAAAGGAGGUUUACCAGAGAAAUAUAUAUAAUACAGUGUGUAGAUUUGUUUGUGUGUCCAAGUUAAUAUCAUGAUUAAAUACUAGUUGAACAUUACUUUAAGAGAUCAUGCAUAUAGUAAGCAGGCUUGGCAAAAUUUUUCUAUUAUUGCUUUUAUAUGAAGUGUGAAAUUAAGAAGAAUUUAAUGAAAGAGCUGCAAUGCUGUACUGCUUGCCUUUCAGCCUGCAGAUUUCAACUACAAUACAUUUGUAUAUAUUAUUUUCAGAAAAAAAUAGCUUGUUGAGUCUCUCUUAUUAUAAUAAAAGUAUUAAAC